AUGGGUAGAAUGGAGCACAUGGCCCUGAAAGCGGACCCUGCUACGGCUAAUUUGAUAGAUUCCGAUGUAAGUGAACUCAAACUAGCAGUCAAGAAGCUCAUCAGUGACGCCACCAGGCUAGGAGGCUUGCGCUUUGGUACUUCUUUUCUUAGAUGGCUAGCCUCCUUUGCUGCUAUUUACUUAUUGAUACUGGAUCGCACAAACUGGAGAUCAAAUAUGUUGACUUCAUUAUUAGUCCCCUACGUGUUCUUCAGUUUUCCAGGGUCACUUUUCCACUUUUUAAGAGGAGAGUUUGGAAAAUGGAUUGCUUUCAUUGCCGUUGUCCUCAGACUGUUCUUCCCUCGACAUUUUCCUGAUUGGCUGGAAAUUCCUGGUUCGUUGAUCCUUCUGUUGGUGGUGGCUCCUAACUUCUUUGCUCUCACAAUGAGGCAUAGCUGGUUUGCAAUAGUUAUAGAUCUUAUCAUUGGCUGUUACUUACUUCAAGAACAUGUCAGGGCUUCUGGUGGAUUCAGAAAUUCUUUCACGCAGAGCUAUGGAAUAUCUAAUACCAUUGGCAUCCUCCUCCUCUUAGUCUAUCCUGCGUGGGGCCUGGUUAUACAUUUUCUAUAAAAGCCAUUGCAACCAUCAACACUGAAAGUUCUUUUCUUCCGCUAAAUCAUUCGCAAGAUGUUUGUUUUAUGACAAUUUUGCCUUGAGAACAGACCAGUUCGUCAGUGACGAACAC